CACCCCCUUCAACAUCGAGCCCGAGAUGGCCGGUCCGCUGCUGCAGUUCCCGCUCGACAUGUACCAACGCAUGCGCCAGGAAGGCGGCAACGUGCUGCUGUCCCCUUGGUACCUGGCCUGCAUGCUGGUCACCAUGUACCACGGCUCGGGUGGCUCGACGCGCCGCCAGAUCGCGCGAGUGCUCCACACGGAUGACGACGGCGCGAUCGUGGAGCGCUUCAACGGCCACGCCAGCCGCCUGUUCUGCCGAGACUACCACAAGCCACGACACACCCACUCAGGUCUCAGCGUGACGUCUUACGCCGGCCUCUACCACGAUGCGCGGGUCAACCUGUCGAGAGAGUUCAAGGACCCACUUUCGAACCUGGACACACACUUCCACGUCUACGAUUUCGCAGAGAGCCCCGAGCAGAGCCGCCUGGCUCUCGACGGCUUCUUACGAGCUCUCACGGGCUUCUCGUUCAGACGAGACGUCUUCAGCGGUGACAGCGUGGACCUUGACACGUUCGUGGUCCUGGCCAGCGUCUUCAGCUUCGGCUCGCGCUGGUUCGCUGCAGGAGGUGCACGCGGAUCGACGGGCCGGUUCUACUCCGAGCAAACCGGUGACAGGCGAGCUGGCGAGGAAGUGCCUACACUGUCCAUGACGGGCACCUUCCGAUAUGCCCAAUUCGGCGAAGGCGACGCGUUUGCCGGGGUCGUGGUGGACCUGCCUUACCAGGAACCACGACGGUCACUCGCCAUCUUUAUCCCGGCGGCCGACUCGAGCCUCGUCGAAUUGGAGAAGGCCCUAACCGCAUCCACGAUACUGACGUGUCUGGGACGUCUGCAGCAGCAGGGCCCAGUGAAGGUCACACUGCCCCGGAUGAAGGUGAAGUGCCUCACUGACCUCAAGCACUACCUGCAACCGAUGGGGGUGACGGACGCGUUCAACGGUGCCGCGGACUUUGUAAACAUGGCGCGCAUUGUGGGUCUCAGGGUGUCGGCGGCGAAGCACCUCGCGGUUUUCAGGGCGGGAUACAAGGGUCCAAAGAUCCCCACGGCUGCAGCCUUAGCGGAGAAGACCGCGUGCUCGGCCAGCGGCAAGAGUGUGUUCAAGAUAACCAUUGAUCGGCCGUUCAUGUUCCUGGUGCUCGCCCGCGAUCCAGACACCGUGCUUAUGCUUGGCUCGUUUACGCACACUCUCUAAGACGACACCGUGACAGUUAGGGUGUGUGUAUCUAUAGUCACGGCAAAAAUACAUUCGUUCAUUAAGUUUAUUCCUGCUUUUGUAAUAGAAAAAUCACGCUUUCUCGUUUAGAAUACUUUUUUAAUUGUUUAGUUGCCUACAGCAUACUUAUGACAGUUUAUACUAAUCGCAAAGGGAAGCAGUCUCUAUCCGCACUAAAGAAAAUACAACAUUUCACGAGUAUACAUUAUUCGGCUGUUUUACAGCUGUGUAAAAUUGCAUUAAUUUCGCGACAAAUCAUGGCGCUUCUAAGCUGAACUUUGUAAUACUGUUCCUUUAUAGCGAUGCAUAUUAGACCAGCCUGCUACUUAUUUCACAAGCAGCCUCUCUGUAAUGGGUUCGGCUGAAAUAGUGUGGAAAGUUCCUACACCUUAUGAGAGAUUCUUGGAAGUUACUUGAAAUGUUGGCAUUACGACAAUUUUCUAGAUAUCACUUCCAUACAAAAUGAAAAUAAUUGCUGUUUUUUUCCGGCAAGUUAUAGCAACGUUACUACUUGCACAAUAAACACCGCAGAAGUUCUGCCGUUUCUUGCGAUGUCA